AGAUUCCUCUAAUGCUCUAUCAUGGAGCUCAGCAGGAGCGUCGUAAACUGGUUCAUAAAAUUCACAGAAGACAAGGAUCACUGCAAAUCUAUCCUGUGGUCAUUACUUCCUUUGAAAUAGCAAUGCGAGACAGAAAUGCCCUGCAGAGCUGCUACUGGAAAUACCUGAUAGUAGAUGAAGGUCACAGGAUUAAAAACAUGAACUGCCGCCUUAUCAGAGAAUUGAAACGAUUUAACGCAGACAAUAAGCUCCUGUUGACUGGCACUCCCCUGCAAAACAACUUGGCAGAGCUUUGGUCACUGCUUAACUUCCUGUUGCCAGAUGUGUUUGAUGAUUUGAAAAGGUAGGUUGCAAUGUGAUGG